UCCAUCCAGUCAAAAAUUCCUUAAUAACCAAAUAUCAACAAGCACUGUUCCAAGAUCCUGGAGAUCAGGUGAGUAGAAGUAAGCAACCGAUAACGUAAACAACUCUCAAAUAUAUACUUGUAUACUUCUACUCUUGGCUUCUCCAAGCUUCUACUAAUAUACUUCUUUCUGGAAAAAUUCUUUAUCGAGAUAAUUGUAUUUAAACAUAAUAUCCCCAUAAUUAGAAAGAAGAAGAGAUUAAUUAACCAUAUUUGUGCAAAGAAAAGUUUUAAAAAAAUUGUUUUUGAUUUGCAACUUCUUGGAUCAAAUUUACAAGUCUGCGUAUUCAUAAUCUCACUCAUCUAAAGUGAAUUACCCUCGUAGUAAUUGAAACAAUAUAGAAAGCGUUUUAAAAAGGUUAUUUCCAUGCAGAUCUAAUUCAUAAAUUAUCUCCUUUAUACGGGAGGAAAAUCGAUGUGGAUGAUAAAAUAUCUUUUUGCUGACAGUUAACAAAAUUCAUAUUGUGCGUGCAUAAAUAUUUUUUUCUGUACGAUUUAUAUAAUCAAUAAACUAUUCAUUCAGUGUGUGAAAAUUCUCCAUGUAUAGAGGAAAUAUUAUUACUAAAGGCAAUCUCAAUCUAUGUAGCACCACUAACAGCAAAUAGUAUCUGUGCAAUGUGUGUCAUAGUUUCAAUGAUGUUCUAACAAAAAAUUAUUUUAAUAUAUAUGGAAAUUUAUUGUUUGUGGUGAUAAGUUUCUAUUUGUAGUUCAUAAUUAUUCUUUGUUAUUAUAAAACAUAAGUACUAAAAAUUAUAAAAAAAGAAGUAGUUUCGUUUCAUUGUUUUGUGUUCAUAAUUUGGAAAUAAUUUAAUUAAGCACUCGUGAAAAAUUAAUCAAGGAAGAAAAAUAAUUUGGUUUAAGUAACACUUUCAACGAACUUUUCAUACUGUGCGUCAUUAAACAGUUAUAAAUAGAUUAAAAUUUUGGAUUACUUAUUACAGUUGCAGAUAAUUAAGCUGUGUGUUACUUUCAUAAAAUGUGUAUGAUAAAACAUAUAUUUAUGCACAAGAAAUUUAAAUUGUGAUUUUCCUGUUCACUAUGAAAAAAUAUUCUCUGUAUUCAGUUUGUGUAAUUUAAUACUGGUAAAUAGAAUUGAACUUUGUUGACUUUCUCGUAUUUAUGUUAAUGAAUAAAACUUACCUUUUCUUACGCAUGAUAGAACAUUGAUAUAAAAAUUGGAAAUUAAAGUUUUUUUUCAUAUCUUUAUAGAUAAUUUCAAACAUUUUAAGUCUGUGAAACUGAAAAAAAUAUUUUUUUACCUUUCUGCAUUUCUAAUGAACUAUAUUUCUGCAGAGUCUUUGCUAAUAAAAUGCUAAUGAAAUCAAAUUUGAUAAUUUCAUGUUUAUAAUAAUUAUUAUACUGUUAAUAUCAUAAAGUAAAAUAAUUUAAUUUAGUAUUGUAUCAUGGUAUGUUUGACAAAAGAGAAAUAAAGUUCAUCUCAAUAUAAUUUAAAUUAAUGCUUCCACAGACGCACCUAUAAACAAGUCAUAUGCCUGCUGUAAGGUGAUCAUGUUUCUACAGUAUUAUAUUUUACUUACUAUACAGCAUGUUCUUUUUUGUAUCGUAUGUUAUUAAAGUCCUAAUUUAAUUCAGAAUAGGUAUCGUCCUGUAAGUAAACCUUAUUCAUGUUAUUGUGACAAGAGGUUUUCAGGAAAAAAAGUCCAAAUAAACACUGUAAUUUUCAUAGUGACGAGAAUACCUUUUCUUUUAGUAUAUGUAAUAAGAUAUUUUCAAUGAAUGUUUAUGUAUAAACACGGUUGCGUUCAUUCUGGGGAGAAACCUUAAUCUUGUACUAUAUGUAAUAAGAGUUUUUCAGAAAAAAGUAGUAUGAUUAAACACAGUCGUGUUCAUACUGGUGAGAAGCCUUAUUCUUGUGAUAUAUGUCAUAAGAGUUUUUCACAAAAAAGUAAUCUCACUAGACACGGUCGUGUUCAUACUGGUGAGAAGCCUUAUUCUUGUAGUAUAUGUAACAGGAGUUUUUCACAAAAAAGUUGUCUGAGACUGCACAGUCAUGUUUAUACUGGUGAGAUGCCUUAUUCUUGUAGUAUAUGUAAUAAGAGUUUUUCAGAAGAAAGUGAUCUCGCUACACACGGUCGUGUUCAUAUUCGUAAGAAGCCUUAUUCUUGUAGUAUAUGUCAUAAGAGUUUUUCACAAAAAAGUCAUCUCACUGCACACGGUCGUGUUCAUACUGGUGAGAAGCCUUAUUCUUGUAGUGUAUGUAAUAAGAGUUUUUCACGAAAAAGUGAUCUCCCUAGACACUGUCGAGUUCAUACUGGUGAGAAGCCUUAUUCUUGUAGUAUAUGUAAUAAGAGUUUUUUACAAAGAAGUGAUCUCACUACACACUGUCGUGUUCAUGCUGGGGAGAAGCCUUAUUCUUGUAGUAUAUGUAAAAGGAGUUUUUCACAAAAAGAUAUUCUGAAAAAACACAAAUGUGUUCAUACUGAGGAGAAACCUUAUUCUUGUACUAUAUGUAAUAAGAGUUUUUCAGAAAAAAGUAGUAUGAUUAAACACAGUCGUGUUCAUACUGGUGAGAAGCCUUAUUCUUGUGAUAUAUGUCAUAAGAGUUUUUCACGAGAAAGUCAUCUCACUAGACACGGUGGUGUUCAUACUGGUGAGAAGCCUUAUUCUUGUAGUAUGUGUAACAAGAGUUUUUCACAAAAAAGUUGUCUGACACUGCACAGUUGUGUUCAUGCUGGUGAGAAGCCUUAUUCUUGUAGUAUAUGUAAUAAGAGUUUUUCACUAAAAGGUAAUCUGAAAAAGCACUGUCGUGUUCAUACUGGUGAGAAGCCUUAUUCUUGUAGUAUAUGUAAUAAGAGUUUUUCAGAAAGAAGUUAUCUCACUACACACGGUCGUGUUCAUACUGGGGAAAGGCCUUAUUCUUGUAGUAUAUGUAAAAAGAGUUUUUCACACAAAGGUACUCUGGAAAAACACAAAUGUGUUCAUACUGCGCAGAAACUUUAUUCUUGUAGUAUAUGUAAUAAAAGUUUUGCACUAAAAAAUGAUCUGACCAAUCACAGUCUUGAUCAUGCAGGCGAGAAGCCUUAUUCUUGUAGUAUAUGUAAUAAAAAAUUUUCACUAAAAAGUAAUAUGACUAGACACAGUCGUGUUCAUACUGGUGAGAAGCCUUAUUCUUGUAGCAUUUGUAAUAAGAGUUUUUCAGAAAAAAUUAGUCUGACACUGCACGGUUUUGUUCAUACUGGUGAGAAGCCUUAUUCUUGUAGUAUAUGUAAUAAGGGUUUUUCAGUAAAAAGUGUUCUCACUAGACACGGUCGUGUUCAUACUGGUGAGAAGCCAUAUUCUUGUAGUAUUUGUAAUAAGAGUUUUUCACAAAAAAGUAGUCUGACACUACACGGUCUUGUUCAUACUGGUGAGAAGCCUUAUUCUUGUAGCAUUUGUAAUAAGAGUUUUUCAGGAAAAAUGAGUCUGACACUACACGGUUUUGUUCAUACUGGUGCGAAGCCUUAUUCUUGUACUAUAUGUAAUAAGGGUUUUUCAUCAAAAAUCGCUUCCACUAGACACUGUCGUGUUCAUACUGGUGAGAAGCCUCAUUCUUAGUUGGUUUAUGAAACAUAUAACAGGGUGCAUAGCGUUUUUAAAAAGUGCUUAAAGGUGCUUAUUUUCGUUUUCUAAAAGCCCUUAAAGGUACUUCUUUCAUUGGGUGUUUUUAAAAAGUGCUUAAUGAUUUUCCCCUUUUUAAAAUGAGAUUUAUCCUUUACCAUGUUAAUUUUCAUUACGAAUUAUGCAAAAAGGCUCAGUUUACAGGGUUCCCACGGUCCUUAAAAACUGCUUAAAUUUUAUUCUGGAAUAUAAGGGCCCUUAAAAGUACUUAAUUUUGACGCAAGGUUUUUAAAAGUCCUUAAUUUUUCAGCAUCACUACGGAACAAUUAUUCAGUUAGUAAUAGAGUGUAUUAGGAAUAAUAGAGGAUGACGAAGAAGUAUUACUUGUAAAAAUCUAUAAAUGAUUAAAAUAUAAAUAAUUUUACAGUAUUUAUUAAUUAAGGAACCUUAUCAACUUUCUGGUCAUAGGAAUACGUUGAUAUCUUUGAAAAAUUGUUUUAGGCCCUUUUAUUUACAUGUUUACUAACUGAUAAAAACCUAAUAAUAAGAACUUAUAAAAACAAACUAAUAAAAGAGAACUAAUAAAAAACAAAUUGGUUUGAAAAUUAUAAAUCUUUUCAAAUGUAAUUUUAUUUUUAUUCUAUAUAAAUUUUCAUAAAAAUAUUUAUUGCAAUGAAUUUAAAAAAUGUAUUGAGUUAAGCCUUAUGAAAAAAAAUGUGGAAUGAUUUAAGGUGCUUAGAUAUUAGUAUCACCUGUUUUUACUCAAAAUGGGACUUAAUUUUACAUGGCAUAGUUAAGAAAACUUCUCAAGCAUAACUCUAAUUCAACUUUUUAGUAUUAAUUAUUUUAAGAUAUACCUUUAUGAAUAAAACAUUUUAUUAAUAGAAAAGAAAGAAUUAUUUAUAGCGUAACUGAAUAUUUAGUGAGAUUGGCCCACAAAUGAAUAUGUGAUGCAGGUCUAGUAGCGAAAUAUAAAAACUUGUUGUAAUAAAUUUUUCUAUGUUUUUGCCAAAUUUCUUUAUUUACUCUUCUUUUUUUUAAUAUAAAUGAAAAAAAUUGCAAAUCUUAAUUUCUGGACAAAAUUUUACAAUGAAAUCAUUAAAAAUUUAAUAUGGAUUAGUUUCAUAGUUCAUAGAUGAUGUUAACCUUUAACGAUCUGAAUAUGUUUUUUAAAAAAAGCCCAACCCGGCAGAAAUUGCCUGGUACUUUGGCGAGCCCUGUUAAUGAAUGCAAUUAUAUCAGUUCUUACAUUAUGAUAAAAUUGUUUAUUUUUUUAUUUAUUGAUUUUUUUAUGAAAUAUAAAUAAUUGGCACUGUUACUGGUAGUAUAUAUAUGAUAAUUAACAAUCAUUCUAUUUUUAAAGUCCUUAAUUUUUCAAAGAAGUCCUUAAUUGUUUAAAAAAAAGGUCCUUAAAAGUGCUUAAUUUUUGCCUUGUUAAAAGGGUGGGAACUCUGGUUUACAUUGUUCUAUUCAUCAUUUUCUUAAUUAAUUUAACCCCCAAUCUAUUUUGAAGUAUUAUCAUGUCCCUAGCAUAUGAAAAUGCCAUUCGUUUUACAUGAUUCUAAAUUUCAUGUUUUUUGACAAAUGUCUAAAACAAUGCUAAAAGUUUUUUUUCUAUGUGACGGUUAAAACCAGGUAAAACCAUCAUUUGUCAGAAACUUUCCAAAUGUGCCUAAUUACGAUAUUUUUUUAUGUGCUUAAAAAUAUUUUUUGAGUGCUUAUUUUUUGUUAAAUAAUUUGGCUACGCACCCUGUAUAAAGUAGUAUAGAUUGCUUCAUAAAAUCAAUUUUUUGUUUUAUCAAGUUCUUGUUCUUCAAGGCAAGUCAUUUAAAUAUUUACUGAUCAUAAAUUUUUUUAAUCACAUUUAAACGUUUUUGAGACUAUUUUCAACCAAAAAUUAGAAGAAUGCACAAGAUUACUCACUCUUAAAAAAUAAUCGUAAUUAGUAAAGCAUAAGUAUUUUUUUGAAUUCUAAAAAUCUAUUUAACUAAAUAAUUAAAUUUAAUAAGGAAGUAUGCAAAUGAUUUUAGUUUGUCAUUUUGAAAUAGCUGCACGUUCAUUAAAAAAUUUUUUUGUCAUGAGGUCUUUAUGUAUAAGUGCGUUAUAUUAAUUUCUAGUUCUUUUUUUUAUAAUGAUUCAGCACAUCUUCAAUAUCUUGUUAUAAAAUUUUUUAUUUUUUUAUAAACGGUUGAAAUAAAAUGCACUUCAUUUAAUUUUAUACUUAUACUGCGUAUUAUAACAUAAUGGAUAAAGAAAUUAUGUUUAAAAAAUUUGUCAAAGAUAUUUUAUAAAAAUUAUUAUUUUUAGUGCAAUUUCCAUAUCUUGUACAAGAUAUAUUUCUGUAUUUUUUAUAGACAAUUAAAAUAAAAUGCACUUAUUUUAAUGAAAUUCUAUAAGUUUGUGAAAGACAUUCCUUAAAAUUUAUUUCAUUUUAUUUUUUAAAACUAAUUUGAUGUUCAUGUGAAGUGAUUUAUCGUCACAUUUUGUGUAAAGUAAGGAUGUUCAACUUUUUUUACAAUCAUGUUCCUAAUGUUAAAUAAUCUAUUUUUUGUUGCGUGUGUGAUAAAAUAUUUUUACAAAAUAGAUAGCUUUCUGGUUGCUCAUAGUAACCAAAAGUUACUAUGAGCAACCAGUCUUAUUGUAAUCUUUAAUAUGGAUAAUGUAAUUUUUUUGUUUGUGUGUAAUAAAAUAUUCUCACAAAAUA